AUGGCGAAAUGGAAAAAGAUGAGGGAUAAGCCGGAAUUCGUUGAAGUGCUGCUGCAAAUCGCUAUACCUGGAGCGUUUCCCUAUACCACUGCCGAAAAUAUCUGCGGCACUUUGCGCGGUACCGUUGCUGCACCAAAAGAUGGAUCUCAGAACCAUCACAUAUGGCAAAUAUAUACGAACGGCAAUGGCAAAGCAGUUGGAUCGUUCUGGAUUGGAAUUCAUAAAAUCCAUGGCGACUGGCAAAUUCCAUCUCAGGACAGAGCUACUGCUGCAUCACUGGAUUGGGGCAAAUCUUUUGGCUAUGGAAAAGUCAUAAACACUUUCUGGGCACCACGACAACCCAGUGGCUGCUGCGGUGGACCAAAUGUUUCCUGCGUGAUCUCGAAUUACAACAAAAAUUCCCAGUGGGACGAUGCAUCCUGCACGAUUAAGGCCGGCGUUGUUUGCCAGAGAUAUGCUUUCCAACCCGUCUGCUAA